AUGAUCACCAUCAUUGGAUCUCUCAAUUACGAUUUGGUAACCUUCACCGACAAAGUUCCAGAAGGUGGAGAAACAUUACAGGCUAAUUCUUUUGAAAAUCACCUCGGGGGAAAAGGAUUGAAUGAGGCCCUUGCUUGCGCGAGAUUGUCUCUGAAUGGUCGCUCCGAUGUGAGAAUGAUCGGAAACAUUGGCGCAGAUGCAUUUGGUCGGGAGCUUAAACAAACACUUGUGGAUGCAAAUGUUGACACCAAAUAUGUGAGAACUAUCAAGAACCAAUCCUCUGGCGUUGCAGUAAUUCUAGUGGAGACCUCUGGCGAGAACAGAAUCUUGAUUACUGCAGGUGCCAAUGGGGAUUUAAAGCCUACUUGUGAAGAAUUUGAAACCUUCUUUGAAGAUUCAAGCACCGAGGGUGAUUUUGUUAUCUUACAAAAUGAGUUUCCACACACUCUUGAGUCCAUUAGAUGGAUAAAAUCGCACAAGCCUACGAUCAACAUUGCUUAUAAUCCAUCUCCGUUCAAUAGAAACUACAUCACGAGCGAGACACUAAGCAAAAUUGACUUCCUUAUAGUCAACGAAGGUGAAGCUUUGGACGUUGCUCAUUGCAUUCUCAACGAGGAAGAAAUGUCACAAUUCCAUAAUACAAUUCUGCAAGACAAGGUUAAAGGGUAUGGCUCUCUAGCCCAAAAGCUUCAGACUCAACUAGACCAACAAAACAUCAGCACAGUGAUUAUCACGAUGGGCAGUUUAGGCAGUGUGUUUGCUAGUAAAACAAGGGAGGCAAGCUUUGUUCAAUCACAAAAAAUUGACAAUGUCAUUGAUACAACGGGAGCGGGCGAUACGUUUUUUGGUGGUGUAAUUCUGCAACUCAGUGACAGGCAAGACAUUGAAGUCGCCAUCAAAUUCGCUACGGCAGCCAGUGGAUUGGCCAUUCAAAAAAAAGGCGCAGCAGAGGGUAUACCACACUUUGAGGAUGUGAACAAGAUGAUAUAA